GGGACCAUACAUCAUAUCAUGUCCAUGUCCAUCUCCAUAGAACUCACUCGAUGAUUUUGAAUUUUUACUCUUUCAAAAUACUUCACCACUUCAUUCAUUAUUUUCCAUUUCUACACAUUAAAUCAUCAAUAAUAUUGAUUGAUGAUUUUCCCGUGCUGCCAAGAACAUGGUAGGGUCCAAAAUUUGCAUGGUUAAAAACCACUCCAGCUAGGAUAUAUCACUCAAUGUUGCUGUCAUGAAUAUGAUUGGACGGCUAAAAAGAUAAGAAACAAAAUUCUAUAAUAUUCAAUUUUUUACACAAAAAUGGACCCAUCACCCACCACCCAUGACCCACCCAUGACCUACCAUUUCUCAUUUCUAUUUUGUCCUCAAUUAUCACUCACUCUGUUUAUAUAUCAUCAUCAUCAUCAUCUUAUUAUCCUCAUCACCACAAAAACCACUCAUAAGCAUAUAUUCAUCAACAACAAGAGUAAGAGUUAGAGUGAGAAAAUGGAGGCAAAGGAACAAGAUGUUUCAUUGGGAGCUAACAAAUUCCCAGAGAGACAACCAAUUGGUAUUGCAGCUCAGAGCCACGAUGAAGGAAAGGACUACAAGGAGCCACCACCUGCACCUUUGUUUGAGCCUUCUGAACUCACUUCAUGGUCUUUCUAUAGAGCUGGGAUAGCUGAGUUUGUGGCUACUUUUCUGUUUCUCUAUAUCACUAUCUUGACUGUUAUGGGUGUUAGCAGAUCUGAAUCCAAGUGUAAAUCUGUUGGUAUUCAAGGAAUUGCUUGGUCUUUUGGUGGUAUGAUCUUUGCUCUUGUUUACUGCACCGCCGGUAUCUCAGGGGGUCACAUAAACCCAGCAGUGACAUUCGGUUUGUUCUUGGCAAGGAAAUUGUCUCUGACUAGAGCGGUGUUUUACAUCGUGAUGCAGACCCUUGGUGCUAUUGCUGGUGCUGGUGUGGUUAAGGGUUUUGAGGGAAAGACUUUGUACGGUAAACUCAACGGUGGUGCCAACUUUGUUGCUCCUGGUUACACAAAAGGUGAUGGACUUGGUGCUGAGAUUGUUGGUACCUUUGUUCUUGUCUACACUGUUUUCUCUGCCACUGAUGCCAAACGUAGCGCCAGAGACUCCCACGUUCCUAUUUUGGCACCAUUGCCAAUUGGGUUCGCUGUGUUCUUGGUGCAUUUGGCCACUAUCCCAAUUACUGGAACUGGUAUCAACCCUGCUAGGAGUCUUGGUGCUGCAAUUAUCUUCAACAAAGAUCUUGGUUGGGAUGAUCAUUGGAUUUUCUGGGUUGGACCAUUCAUUGGUGCAGCACUUGCAGCCCUUUACCACACAGUUGUGAUCAGAGCCAUUCCUUUCAAAUCAAGUUAAUUUAAUCCAACGGUUUUAUGAUCAUUGAUGCCAAACCAAGCCAACAAACUUUGUGGAUUUAUCUUAUUUUAUUUCAUCAUCAUCAUCAUCAUCAUCAUCAUCAUCAUCAUCAUCAUCAUUAUCCUGUUUUAAUUUAUUUCUCUUUUUGUAUGUAAAUUAAGGAUUAAGGAUGUUGUAAGUGUAACGUGUAAUGAUUAUUAUUAGGUGGUGAGUGCGUUGGCGUAGUGGGCCAAUUUUCCAUUACUUUUAAGUUGGAAUGUGACCCAACCCAUGUGUGAUGUGUUGUUGUAAUUUUUAAAAUAAUAUUUUCUUUUGGCAUUUUA